AAAAGAGGAACCGAAAUGAAAAGCAAAUCAUCUGGGGAACAAAAGAUCGUAUGAUUGGAAGCCCGAUGGGGUGUAAAAUGCACCAGACAUUUCUUUUUAUCUAAAAACCUAUCGUUCCUCUUUCUCUAAAACUGGAUAUGAUCACCGGUCUGUAGACCUAGGCUACUUAUUGUAAAGUCGUUCAGGCGGAUUUUCCUCCGUGCCAGGCAUUCUCAUAAAGUUGACCACGGGUUUACAACCUGUAGUUUUGUUGCGUACCAAUCGUGUAGGCGAACAAGUGGGAGAUUCAUCCAAUCAUCCAAUCAAACCACUGUUGUGGGUCAUCACUGUCAGUCACGUCCCGACUGAAUCACUGCCACGCGGUGGAGCUGAUCAUUAAAGGUGGUAGAGGUUACUGGGGGCAUAUUUUAGCGCAUAAAGUUUCGCUUUAAUGCCCCUGUUUGUCCAGUAACGUUAGAUCUCUGGAUUUGUUAGUGGCGACACAUGCGAAGAUGGAGAUGAGCAUUGGUACUCUUGGUGAAGGAGUCCUGAACGGGCUGUCAAAGAUGUUGGACAACUCAACCUGCGGAUGGAGGCAGCUAGCCAAUGCAGUGUCCGAGCAACCGAAAUUCCGCUGCAGUGAAAAUGAGCUGACCAGCUGCUCACUCCAGGUGCUGAGCGCUGCAGGCAGCCCCGGACGCACCCUCCUGGCUCGGCUAGCUGAUCGUUCCUGCCCCCUAGACUUCCUGCUCCACUGCCUGAGGAAGAUGGACCACCAGGAAGCUGUACAGUACCUCACCACCACAAGUAAAGUAGAAGUGACUGGAGUGCCAUACAAAGUGGCAGAGGUGACCCAGAUCACGGUGCAGCCACAGUCCCAGCAGGCCACAUUGGGGGGCAGGGUGGUAUUGACCUGCAGAGCCUCUGGUCCCCCUGGACUCAGCUACCAGUGGUUCAGAGGCAAAGAGGAGAUUUUGGAUGAGACCGGGAGUACACCAGAGCUGGUUCUGUGUCCUUUAGCCCCGGCUCACCAGGGUCACUAUAUCUGUAGGGUCAACCACGGAGAAAACUGCAUCUUCUCCCAGUGGGCUCAUGUUCGCUUCGUCCACUCUGAAGGCUGCAGCAGCAGUCUGUUUCCAGGGUCAGUGAGCGGGCUGCUCAUCACCCAUCAGCCUCAGUCCCAAGCAGUGUCUGAGGGUGACACUCUGUUCCUGGAGUGCAAUGCAGAGGCCAACCCUCCUGCCCAGUAUGAGUGGUACCACAACAUGGUGCCCAUGACACAACACAAGACACGUUCACUCAAGAUCCCAUGUGUGACCACAGGACACAGAGGACAGUACAGCUGCAAGGUGUUCAAUUUGUACCACGAGGUGUGGAGUGACACAGCAACAGUGACCAUUGGCCCCAGUUCCAUCACUGAUGCUUCCUGGGUAGAAGUCGAUCGUGGUCUAGACUCACAGGAAGUCCACAGGUCAACCUGCGGACCAGGAAUACAUCCGCUACAACAGAUGGUCAAUCCGCCCCCAACAGCUAAGCAUUUCCAUGCAACAGACAAAGUUGCUCUCCUGAUUGGCAACAUGAACUACCUCUACCACACUCAGCUGUGUGCUCCCAUUGCUGAUGUCCACGAGUUGACCAACGUACUCAGACAAAUGGACUUUAAGGUGGUGUCCCUGCUUGACCUCAACUGGCAGGAGAUGCACAGCGCUGUUACAGAGUUCCUCUUGCUGCUUGACAAGGGAGUCUAUGGCUUGCUAUACUUUGCUGGUCAUGGUUAUGAGAAUUACGGCAACAGUUUCAUGGUUCCCAUCGAUGCGCCGGCCUCCUACACAUCAGAGCACUGUUUGUGUGUACAGAAUAUACUGACCAGGAUGCAGGAGAAAGAAACUGGGCUUAACGUAUUCCUGCUAGACAUGUGCCGCAAAAGAAACCCAAACGAUGAUAUCAUUGUACAACCAGGACUGCUCAAGGUGACAGCAAAUAUAGUGUUUGGAUAUGCCACAUGCAUAGACGCGGAAGCAUAUGAAGUGAGGAGGGAAGACGUGUCAAAUGGCAUCUUCAUAAGUUUCCUCAAACGGCGAGUUUGUGAGGAUGAGAAGGUCACAGUCAUGCUAGACAGAGUGGCUGAAGACAUGGGUCGUUGUGAGAUCACGCGAGGGAGGCAGGCUCUGGAGCUACGCAGUAAUCUGUCUGAACGACGCUCCCUCACCGACCAGAUACAGACCUCUGAAUGUUCUGCAUCCUAUUCGGCUCGAAACCUGCAGUGGGCUGUUGCUCACGUCCUACCGAAGAGCCAUUGCCUGCAGUUUGACUGUGGAGUGAAGGUUCAGCUUGGGUUUGCUGCUGAGUUCUCCAACAUCAUGGUCAUCUACACUCGGAUACUUGAGAAGCCCAAAGAAAUUAUUUCCUGCUCUGCUCAGCUUACUGACUUCUCUGAGGAUGUGGACAUUGAUCUGAAGAAGAGUAACCAGGAGACUCUGCUUGAAGCUGGCAGUUUAUUAUUGAUCAAGGAAAAUCUUCCAUCACCAGAGGUCCCUAGUCUCUACACACGCAUCCGAAGCCUGCAGAGACUCAGGAGGGAGCUCACAUUCACCGUCUGCCUUCAUUACACCUAUUCCAACAUGGAUGAAGAAGUACAGGAAAGGCAACCAGUGACAGUUGGUAAACCACUGGUCUCCAAACUCAACCUGUAUGAACCACGACCGCCUCGCGCCUGCUCUGCCUCCUCAUCCUUCAGCCUGGACUCCUUCAACAUUCCUGAGUGCUCUUCCUUUUCUGAGGCCUUUGCCUCUGUUGGUUCAGCCUCAAACACAUGGUCAGAUUAUGCACAAACUGGAAGAGAAUCUUCCACCACCGAAUCUCCAACGUCAUCCAGAAGUGCCAAUAUACCAGAGGAGACUGACAGUCCUGAAUUAUUUGAGGCCACUCAACCUCUUGUUGCCAGCAAAAGCUUGCCGCACAUCCAAAUAAAUGACACAAACUACAAAUUUAGUGACAUGUAUAAUUUUCAUUCUCACUAAGCAUUAUGAAACCUGUGAUUUGACCAUUACACACUGAUAAAUCAGCAGUAAACAAAAAAAGAUGGGGGGAAAAGCCCGUGAAUUUGCAGACCCAGGACUCUGGUCAUUGUAUGUGCUCCAUGUAACUAUGCAUUAAAUUUUUGUAAUGUUUUAUAAACGUUUUUAUAAGAAUUUGAUACAUUAUAAUGCAUUGAAAAGUGAUUACACUGCAGAUCAAGUUCGAUAUGUGUUCUGUUUGUAAGAAGAAAUAAAACACAAGAUGAAUUGUAUAAACUGUUAUUAAACUGUUGACAUCCGUCAAAAAUA